AAAUACGAAUAUUUACACGGGCGAUACAGGCUGGGAAAGACUUGCGGACGGUCAGCGCGAAGGAUUAACGGGAAAACAUACUCAAGGAACGGUUAACAAUGCUGUCAUAUAUUCGGCGAGCUCAACGACGAAGAAUGUAUCAAAGAGCCAACUCGGACAGUGGAUGUAGUCCUAACGAAGCAGAGUCACCAAGUUCGCCGGUAAAUUCAUCGGCAGCAAACGGACAGAAUAGCGAAGGAUUUCACUUUUAUGCAACCGUAAAGAAACAAAACUCUCUACCCGAGGUUGGAACGAAAGGUUUACUGCAGAAAACGAGGGCAACUGAAAAACGGGUGGAAAAAAUAAAUGACGCCGACAGUGUGGAUUUGACGAAGAAAGCGACAGGCGAGGAAACAACGUUUGAUCAUCCUUAGAUAAAUCUUUUGAGGGUUCAUUCGUUGUAAAUGCUCAACGUCGUUUCCAAGUUGUACUGCGUCAAAGGUGGACGAACUCUUGCGAAGUGACGAAGACGAUGUCAAAGUACAUUUUUUUCUGAUACAGGCUGUGGUUGUGAAAAAUGCUAAUUGCUUUACCACAAAAGAGAGAAUUGCUUGUUAAAGGACCUUUCGAACAAUGUACUGAUCUACCAUAAACAGUGUUUUGUCGCAAAAUGCUUUUCUGAGGCGCAAAUUGAGUUUGGAAAUGUAUCAACUUGUCGAAAAUGGAAAGACCUCGUAAAAUAGGUCACCUUUUGUCUAUCGAGCUCGAUUUUGUCGCAAAACAAGUCGAAACUUCCUUUUUUGCGUCUGAAUUUAAAGUUUUGUCUAUGUUAAAGGAUAUUUAAAUAACUUAAUGUGUGCCAAAAUAGUGAUUUUUCUAACGUAAUAUAGGUUUCGGGAGAAAAAAAUUCUAAUAUUUUGUUUAAAAAUCCUUGAUGAACUUCUGACAUGUCGGGAAGCUAAAGAAUUUUAAGCUGAACAUCAGGGGGGCAGUGACUUAUUUAAUUUUACUUCAACGUUAAGAGUUAAAUUUCGUGAAGAUUUAUUUUCAGAAAGUCGCGUAUAGAAAAUAUUUCACAAUGAUUUAUGCUAUAGUAAGUAUUUAUGAGUGUGAUUGAGUUUUUAAAACAUGAAGAUGAAGAAAAAAAAAAUGGCUGUGAUCUUGUAUAAAAUUACUCGCGAUUUUUAACGUUUCUCAAGCAUUGAAAGCUACCCAGCUGGGCUUUGUGUUCUAUUGAAUUUUGGAUAAAAGCAUUUUGUUUUGAUGAAUAAGAUUGAACGUUAAUGAAGGGCAGGUUAUAAGGCAAAGCAGUCUUUAGUUAUUGGCGCAUUUCCACACGUACGUUCAAAAAUGUUUUUAAAGACAUCAAGU